CCCCCCCCCGUGACGGGCGAGGCGGGGCAGUGCCCACUGUGGGUGGCCGAGGUGCCCUGGGAGGCAGCCAGCGGGAGGUUGGGGGCUCCGUGCGGCCCUGCUGGAAGCAGAGGGUACCAGCGGGCGGCAGCCCGAGGAGGGGAGCAGAGGGGCGCAGUACUCCUCGUCUGAGGAAGAGAUGGGGCUUCCCGCAUUGCGCUUCCUGCUCGCCUUCACUUCAACACCCGGGGUUUAGGGGAAACCCUGCGUCCCCUAAUGACCAGCGGGUGACAGUGAAUCCACACGCCAUAGGAUUGCCUAUAUAAAACAGAAGUUUGGAAAACAAUACUGUCUUUAUUAUCCAAACACCUUGCAUGAUACCCCAGUGCCACCCUUGAGCCAGAUCCAUCCUCCAUGUGGGUGCUGGCUGGCUGUGGUGUGAGGGAUACACUGAAUCCACUUGACAAAACAGCACAAUAAGUUAUUGGCUAAUAACAAAAUGAAAAGAAAUCUGAACUUAGCUUCUGGUAAUUGAUGUUACUAGAAACUGGUGCUUUCCCUGUUCAGGUCAUCGAUAGCCUGUGUUUGGAUUUUCUUUUUGCGAAUACGAGGUCUGGGAAGAGAUGACAUUAGUGAAGAAUGUAGAAACAAAGAGUCUGAUCCUAGGACUGGAGGUUUUGCCACAAAAGCACUAGCUGAUGUGUCCUGGUAGUCAGGGCAGGGAAAGUGAGCCUAGACAAGCUCUCUUGAGCAUCGGAGGAAAAAGAUAAUGAAUGUGGGCAAAAAUAAUGGUAAUUUGUUGCUAUAUGGCAAAUGUAGGAAACGUCAAACUGAACUUAUAUGUGUUCUCCAUCUCUUUCUUCAUAGGGAUUGUUUUAAAGAAUGUGGAGGAAUGGUCCCUGAAACUUUUUUGAGUUUCUUACCUUUCUCUUUUGGCCAUGAUCAAAUGCUUGGAGGAAGAUGUGAGAGCCAGGUUACGCUCUGGAGUGGCCAUCAAGUCUCUGGGUCAGUGUGUUGAGGAGCUUGUCCUCAACAGCAUUGAUGCUGAAGCAACAUGUGUGGCCAUCAGGGUGGAUCUGGACACCUUUAGGAUCCAAGUGGUGGACAAUGGCUCUGGGAUAGGGCGAGAGGACCUAAAUAAAGUGGGGAAUCGCUAUUUUACCAGUAAAUGCAGCUCAGUGGAGGAUUUAGAGAACCUGAAAUUUUAUGGCUUCCGAGGAGAAGCUUUGUCAAGUAUAGCAAAUAUGGCCAGCAUAGUGGAAAUUUCAUCUAAGACCAAUAAGACAGUUAAAACCUUCACAAAACUGUUUCAAAAUGGGAAACCAAUGGAAGUCUGUGAAGCUGAACUGACUAGACCAAGUGGUGGAACAACAGUAACUGUGUGUAAUCUCUUCUACCAGUUACCAGUGAGGAAGAAGUGCAUGGAUCCAGUCCUGGAAUUUGAGAGAGUAAGGCAGAAGGUAGAAGCUCUUGCACUCACGCAUCCUUCUGUCUCUCUUUCCUUAAGAAACGAUGCUUCCUGCUCCAUGGUGCUUCAGCUUUCCAAAGCAAAAGACAUUUGUUCUCGCUUUUGUCAAAUUUAUGGACUGAGUAGAUCACAGAAGUUACGUGAAAUAAAUCAUAAGUGUGGAGGAUUUGAGUUGAGUGGCUAUAUUAGUUCAGAAGGGCAUUACAAUAAAAAUCUGCAAUUUUUGUACGUGAAUAAUAGACUGGUUUUAAAAACAAGAUUACAUAAACUCAUUGAUUUUUUAUUAAGGAAAGAAAGUGUUAUUUGCAAGACAAAAUCUAGCUUUGCUGGUAAACAGAUGAGUUCAAGUCCUGCACGACAUCGGUGUGGUCCAGAGCUCUACGGUAUAUUUGUUGUCAAUGUGCAGUGUCAAUACUGUGAGUAUGACGUGUGUCUGGAGCCCGCAAAAACGCUGAUUGAAUUCCGCAACUGGAACGGUCUUCUAGCUUGUGUUGAGGAAGGGGUGAAAGCAUUUUUAAAACGAGAACACUUAUUUAUUGAACCGUCUAGUGAAGACAUCAAAGAAUUUAAUGAAAAUAAUGACUUUUGUUUGUAUAGUGCCACAAUAAAACCUAUGCUCAUUGAAGAGACAAGUAUGAAGGACAAUUUUAAGAAAGCAUGUGAUGAUAUUGUGGAUUCCUAUGAAAUAUUUAAUUUGCAAUCCAAAGACAUCAAAAGAAAAGCAACUACUGGAAAAAAAUCUUCAGAUCCCAGAUAUUCAAAUGACAGAGCUGAGGAAAUGGAAGUUUCCUCAGAUCUAACCAUUGCUGAACCAGCUAACACAUUUAAGAGUAGUAAAACUAAGAGUCCUUCAUUCAACAAAGAUGACACUACUACUGAAAUCCCAGAGCAAGAUCCAGAAGAAUUUAAUAGUUUGCAAAUGGCAUCUGGUCACAAAUCUUUAGAAAAUUUCUGUGGAGAGGCCAGAUCAGAAAUAAUAGAAAUAGACAAUUGUGAUGAAAGGCCAUGUUGUACUGAAAAUUAUGUACAAGUUGCAAGAAGCCAUCAUGACAAAGUGGCUCUAAAAAGCAACACCACUAUUGCUUUCAGAAAUGAUGUCACUCAAGGGCAGCAGAAGGGAAUAAAAGUUUCUACUGAAAUAGCUGAAGGGCCAGAAAUCCUUGUUGGAAGGGCAUCCAUGGGAAUAUGUGCUACAACAAAAGAAAACCGUGGAACUACUACAAGAACAUAUACCUCUGGUGGACAAAAUGUAAUUAGCUCAGGACUGUUAAAGUUGUGUUCCACAGGGCUUAUAACUCAUGUCAUACAAAAUCAGUCACCACCUGAACAAACUGAAAUGAACUGUUCAUUAAGCAUGCCUUUUAGACCUGGUCCUGUAAGUGCCAAGGAUAUAUUUGGAAACAAGACUAUUUAUUCACUUCCAUCUCUAAAUAUUCGAGAUGUUUCUAGUAGUCUAAAUAAAGACAAUCCUAUCCUAUCCAAAAGAGAAGUGUGCAGAGCAAAUGCAGAGGAGAGGUUGGAAAAUGAGACUGUAUCAAAUCAGAGGAAUAAAGAAGUAGCUUUCUGUAUAGCAGGUAGUAGAAGGGAUUGUGUGAGAUCACACACUAAUGAGUUGCCUCUGAUCACUUCCUCAGGUGAUGUUACCAACUACAGAAGGCAAAUGGUUGAGCAGUCUGCUUGGUCUGUACCCCGAGCUUAUAAGAAGCUGAGUUUGUCCACAAAGGCAGGAUCAUUAGAGAGAUUUAGGAGACAUUAUGGAAAGCCCAGGAGUGAACCAUCAAUAUCUAUUUCAGAGAAGAGGUGUGAAUUUGGGCUCCCAGUUGAGCUCAGUACUCCAAUUGAUCUUGACACUUCCAAAAAUCAGAAUAAUAAUACUGAAUGCUUUAGUAUUUGUGAAACGCCAACUGUGGAACAUGCUCAUUCUAAUAAUAGUUGCCAAUCUGGUUGCUUUCCUUCCUUGGAGAGGACUCAGUUCUGUGGCACAGGCUUUUUGUUAGACAGACAGACUUGUGAGAGAGAGAGUCCUUUGACACUGACCAAUUACUGUCAGAGUAGAAGAAAAGAUAAAAGCAACAGUAGAUCUCCAGGGUCCCUGGCCUCUAAACUAUCUAGAAUGAAAGGUGACCAUGAAGAAGUUUUAGCUCCAGAAGUUGGGCAGCUUGAGAAACAAUCCCAAACUGAUUUAAGCAGAAAAGAUGAUACAGGGAAACUUGUGUCUCAAAGUGAAAGUGAUAAUUUAUUGCAAAGUUCUUAUGAAAUGUGUCAGAAUUCCUCACAAGAAGCAGAGGUAGGUGGGCAUGGUUGCCUCUCUCUAGCCUCUGAUGAGAUGAAUAUUCCCCAGAAAAUGCGUUGUAUGAGAGCAGGGGCCAUGGAAAAUACUGUCAACCACAGCAGCGAUGAGGCUCCAUGCAGUGGCUUGGCAUUGCCUGGUAAAAAGGUUUGGUCUGAAGAUGCUUGCCAAGAUCAAAGUGUUUUAGAUGUGUUUUCAGAGCAGAAUUUGAAAGCCACUCAGCUUCCAAGUGUGACCUUACCAGAUAGCUUGGCAGUCUCUCCAGAUGAUACAAACAUGGCUAAACCUGUGAAUGAGGAUUCAUUAUCAUGUGCUUCUGACUGGUUGCAAUAUUUUGAUGUUUCCUUGGGUAAGACAGUUUACAUCAACAAAACAACUGGGCUAAGUACCUACAGCACUCCUCCCUCUGAAGAAGUUCAAGCUGUUUGCACAAAAGAUAUAACUACUAUGGCUGUGAACGUUGUCUUAGAGAGUGGGUUUCAGUGCAGGUGCUAUCCCUUUAGAAGUGAGCUUGUUCUACCCUUCCUUCCUAGACCUCGAGAAGAGAGGAUUCUAGCAAGCCAGCAUUCCAGAGAAGCUGAUGCUGAUUCUCUCCAGUCCUUGUUGUCUGGCUGGGAUAAUCCCAUAUUUGCUUGCUACCCAGAGGUUGCUGUUGAUGUGAGUAGUAGCCAGGCUGGGAAUCUGGCUGUGAAAGUUCAUAAUAUCUUGUAUCCCUAUCGUUUCACCAAGGAGAUGAUUCAUUCAAUGCAGGUUCUUCAGCAAGUGGACAAUAAAUUUAUUGCUUGUUUAAUCAAUACUAGGAGUGAAGUGAAUGAAUAUUCAGAUGGUAAUCUGCUAGUGUUGGUGGAUCAGCAUGCAGCCCAUGAGCGUAUCCGCUUGGAGCAGCUCAUUGCAGAGUCAUAUGAGAAACCAUCUGCAGUAUCUGGUAAAAAGAAAUUACUGUCCUCCAUCAUCUGUCCUCCAUUGGAGAUUGAAGUAACAGAGGAACAAAGGAGACUCUUACGGUGCUGUUACAAAAGCCUGGAGGAUUUGGGCCUUGGAUUAUCAUUUCCAGAGAACAGGAACCAAAUUCUAGUGGGGAAAGUGCCCUUGUGCUUCAUGGAGAGAGAGGCCAAUGAAUUACGACGGAAAAGACAGCCUGUAGCUAAAAGCAUUGUGGAGGAGUUAAUUCAAGAGCAAAUUGAGCUACUGCAGACCACAGGAGGAGCACGAGGGACACUACCUCUGACGUUUCUGAAGGUGCUGGCUUCUCAAGCGUGCCAUGGAGCUAUUAAGUUCAAUGACAGUUUGACUAUGGAGGAGAGCUCCCAGCUUAUUGAAGCUUUGUCCUGCUGCCAGCUGCCCUUCCAGUGUGCUCAUGGAAGACCUUCCAUGCUACCCCUUGCAGAUACAGACCACUUGCCACAGGAAAAGCAGCAGCCUAAACCUAAUUUGGCUAAACUGAGAAAAAUGGCCCAAGCCUGGCAGCUGUUUGGGAAACAAAGACAUCACCAUGGAACUGAGCUCUGAAAACCAGGAUCCCAAGAGUGCUGUUAUCACUCAACUCCUUUCAACCAGCAUUCUGCAUGGACUUGCCUCCUGAGCCAGGACAGAAGCAGUUGUUCAAGGCUAGAAUCUGCCUCCCACUUGCAGGUGCUGAAUUCCCUUUUCCUUGUGAGGAUGAUUUUAGUCUAUGUAUUUACAGUGCUUUGGCUACAUAUUUAUUAAUAAACCUAAAUACACUUUCAUUUGGUAUUUGAUUGUAAGCUUGCCCACAAAAUGAUGUAGGUGGGCUGUGCUCAUUCCAGCCAUUGACAUGAAACUAAUGCAGAGGAGGCCUGGCUUUGGUAUUUCUCUUCCUGCCUGCAGCUGCUGCGGUUCCCCGACUCAUUUUACCAUGCUUACGGAAGAUUUCCAAACUAGAGCCUGAUGAUGUCGUCUUGGUGAAAUACAAGCUCAUAUCAUACUGCAAUUUCUGUUAAGUUGAUGUUUAUUUAUAUGGUACUAAAGAGAUAUUAUUGAUGUAUAUUUAUUUACUCAUAGGCAGCACCAUAUCAUGCAUCAUUACAAUAGGUAAGUGCCUGAAUUAGUCAAGAAUCUUAUUGUAGCAAUGCUUACAAGCUAAACAAAAUGAAGUAGAUGGGAUACUUCCAUUUCUACCCUAGGCUGCAGUGUAACACAGCUGUGCACUGUUAAAAUUAGAAAUGGUUCUCCCUUCCCAGGAGACCCCACAGUUUCUCCUAAUGCAGUGCUAAGCUGCAAUAGGAGAAAACAUGCUUUUAAGUAUCCUGGCAGUGCAUGGACGUGGGAACUGAGGUUUGAGACCUUGGUCUGAAAUAGGUAGAGCAGGGACUUAAACCUUGUUCUUUGACAGUGGAUGUGAAUGCAUUAGCUAUCAAGCUGCUGCGAUGGGGGAAGGGGUCUGUUUGGCAUUAAGCAGAAAUGCCAUCCUUGUUAGAACUAACACAUUCAUUCCCAUGUAAUGUUUAUUUCAACAAAUCCACAUUUUCCAACCAAAGUAGUUGCAAAUUCCCAGCCAGCUUCAAUUAGAAUUGCUGUCGUAGUGCCAGAGGCAGCUACUCCCAGGACAUAGCUACAGCUAACUUACUGUGCCAGAUGGCACUAUGCCAAAGUCCAUGACUCUUCUCUAGGCACACUAUUUCCCAAAGUGGAAGCAGGGUAGCCACCUUAGCACUGUGCUGCAGGCAACUGAUUAGCUGUACAGCAAAACUAAUCAGUCCAGAAAAUUAACAAGUCAGACAGACCU